CAGCGCGGCCGCCUGCAGCGCUGCGGCUUCAACGCCACCGCCAAGACCUUCCUCAUCAUCCACGGCUGGACGAUGAGCGGCAUGUUUGAAACGUGGCUGGGCAGCCUCGUGUCGGCCCUGCAGGAGCGGGAGAAGGAGGCCAACGUGGUGGUCGUGGACUGGCUGCCCCUGGCGCACCAGCUCUACACGGACGCGGUGAACAACACGCAGGUGGUGGGGAAAAGCAUCGCCCAGCUGCUCAACUGGCUGCAGGAGAACCCACUAUUCCAACUGCAAAAUGUUCACUUGAUUGGAUACAGCCUUGGGGCCCACGUUGCUGGCUUUGCUGGCAAUCAUGUCCAGGGGACGAUAGGCAGAAUUACAGGCCUGGAUCCGGCUGGCCCCAUGUUUGAAGGAGUGGACCCCAGCAAGCGCCUGUCCCCCGACGACGCCGGCUUCGUGGAUGUCCUGCACACCUACACGCGGGAGACGCUUGGUGUCAGCAUUGGCAUCCAGAUGCCYGUCGGCCACGUGGACAUCUACCCCAAUGGGGGAGACUUCCAGCCUGGCUGCGGACUCAGCGAUGUCUUAGGAGCAAUUGCCUAUGGCACUAUCGGUGAAGUUGUUAAAUGCGAGCACGAGCGGUCUGUGCACCUCUUCGUGGACUCCCUGGUGAACCCCGACAAGCAAAGCUUCGCCUUCCAGUGCACCGAUUCGGGUCGCUUCAAGAAGGGCAUCUGCCUGAGCUGCCGGAAGAACCGCUGCAACGGCAUUGGCUACAACGCCAGGAGAACCAAGAACAAAAGAAACAGCAAGAUGUACCUGAAGACAAGAGCUGACAUGCCGUUCAAAGUGUACCAUUAUCAGAUGAAAAUGCACGUCUUCAGCUACAAAAGCUUGGGAGCAGCUGAUCCCACCUUCUCAGUCACCCUUCAUGGCACCAAUGGAGAUUCCGAACCCCUCUCUUUAGAAAUGCUGGAGCAGAUUGGCCUUAAUGCCACCAACACCUUCCUGGUCUACACUGAGGAGGACAUGGGUGAGCUCUUAAAAAUAAAGCUCACCUGGGAGGGAACCUCUCAGUCUUGGUACGAUCUGUGGAAAGAGCUCAAGAGCUACUGGUACCGGCCUGCGAAGUCGCCCCAGGAGCUGCACAUCAGACGUAUACGGGUGAAGUCUGGGGAAACGCAGCAGAGGUUUGCUUUUUGUGUGGAGGAUUCCCAGCUGACCAGAAUAUCUCCUGGCAAAGAGCUCUGGUUUGUGAAAUGUGCAGACGACUGGCAAAAAAGGUAA